AUGAGCUAUGGACGUGAGUCUGGCAUCGCCAAUGUAGCCAACUUGAAACUGGCCGUUAUAGUCCUCGCUUUCACCACUGCUCUCAAUGUCAUCUUACCUAUUUUCAUUUCUCUCCCGCCUACAAUUCCUUUUACUGUGGAAUCAUCUCGGGAAUCUCGACUGAAUAGCCAAGAAGGACAUCCUCGUGACUGGGACUUACCUCUCAAGCAGGUCGCGCUCACAGUCGAGGACUCAGUCAACUUCCAGCUCGACACAUUCGAAGGUGCUCAGCAAUGGCGGGCCAUUCAACCUCCCGGAGACGGGUAUAUCACUCUCGGCGAAGGUUCUGAUACACGUCGAUAUCGCCUCGCAAUGUUCCACGCACUCGAUUGUCUUGAUACUGUCCGCCUGGGCGUUCUACAGAGAAAAGCUGACCGAAGCACCCUUACGUCUCCAGAGGCGCAUCUCUGCUUGGACUACCUCAGGCAAACGAUCCAGUGCCGUUCAGAUACUCAGCUUGAGCAGGUUCGCAGCGAGUACGGCCCGAAGUCCGUACAACCGUUCGUUACGCAUAACAAUUGUCGAGAUUGGUCAAGAGUCUAUGCAGAGCUUGAGAAGCGAUAA